UGUGACACUUUUACAGCCAAUUUCUCGGGUUUUUUUCCCCACUGCGGGUUAACGAGGCCUUCGCGGUUAACUAGCUUGAAACUGCAAAGCCAAAGUUAUAAUAGAGAGAGCAAAGCUCAUUACAAUUACGAGAUAAUUUAACGUUUACAUAACAUAUCUUGUAUUUGUGGAAGGAACACGAAACAUCGACGGCGAUUUGGCUUGCCUGGACCUUAGAGGGCGGGAGAUUCAAGCCGUGGCAAUCGUUUCCGGUUCAUUAAGUUAGGUCACCUGGGUUAGUGGGUCACCUGGUUACAUAACAGCUAGCUAGACAGGCUAGCAAGUGCGUCACGAACUGUGCCUAACCCCCACCGAUGAAGAACGUCCAACAUGGCGUCGACGCAAAGAUGACAGACAGCAAAUGAAGAGGAUUAAAAAAGCCCCCCACACCCUAGGUUGUCUGUGCUGCUGAAGGACGAGCUGAGGCCUUCACUUCCUGUCAAACGUGUCAUCAGCCUCGACCGAGAAACCAGAGGAAAUCUCCCGCCCCCACCCCCCCGCCUCCACAACCCAGAGUGGGGUGUUGAUCUAGAUGCUGCCACGGAAGUUGUGUGUUUCAGAGUGCUGAGCCACGUUGGUCUUCCCGUGUCCAUGCUGUAACGGGACGACGGGUUUAGCGGGUCUUGAAAAGUGCCGAGUUGCACAGGUGGACGUCAGGAAUGGGGACCAUCCCAAACGACAUCAGGAGACUCCUGGAUGACUGUGAGCUGUUUGUGUCAGAUAUCCUCCAGGAUGAGCGGCUGAGUGAAAAUGCAAAAGAGACCCGGAAAGUCUUGCUGAAUAAUUUCAGGGUGGUGCACGUGAGGAACCCUCAGGAAUUCCCCUUCCGGUCUGAUUCCAGGGAGGAUGAUGGUUCUGACGACAACCGCAGCUCCAGUUUGGGUCGCUCUGCCCCUUCGGACGACGCCUCGCUUGCUUCCGACUACCAGGACGACGGCGCUCCUGAGUUCUUUGAGGACAUCCCGCCCACAGCAGCACAAGACCUCAGCAACAUCUUGAAGCAAGGUUACUUGGAAAAGAGACGAAGAGAUCACAGCUUCUUUGGCCCCGAGUGGCAGAAGAGGUGGUGCGUCCUCAACAAUUCCAUAUUCUUCUACUUUGGGAGUGAAAAAGAUAAGCAACAGAAAGGCUCGUUUUACAUCAACGACUACAGCGUUCAGCUCGUGGCCAACGUGAGGAAAGACUCCAAAAGGAACGCCUGCUUUGAGCUCUUUGCUCCCGGCCGGAGGACUUUUCAGUUCACUGCCAGCAGUCCUCAGGAGGCUCGAGAGUGGGUGAACCACAUCAGCUUUGUCUUGCGAGAUCUCAGCUCCAGCACCAUUCCUUUCGACGAGGACGAGGAAGAUGAGGGCAACGAAGAAGAGGAGACCUACGAUGACAUCGACAUCGCCUCCAGCGCCCGUCCCACUGUCAUGGGAAGGCGGGACGCGGCGAAAGCUGAUGAGGACGACGACAGCGACAUUUAUGAGGUCCUGCCAGACGAGGACUUUCCAGAUCCACCAGAUGAUUGCACGGAGACGGCCAACAAAUCAGAUUUUGCCAACUACUACGAGGCUGUAUGGGACUGCCAGGCCGACCAGCCGGACGAGCUGUCCUUUGUCAGAGGUGACCUCAUCUUCAUCCUCAGUAAGGAGUACAACAUUGACGGCUGGUGGGUCGGCGAGCUGAACGGUGCGGUGGGUAUCGUCCCCAAGGACUUCCUGCACCCCGCCUACAUCCUGUGAGCCGCAGCAGGUACGAGACGCCCUCUCCUUAGCAUCAGCACCACGGCCCAUUAGUGCGGGCCGACACCCGCCAACACCUCCUAACAUCUCCCCCGGUGCUCUUCCAGGCGGAGGCCCGGCUUCAUUUGCUCGUUAACCCCGCUGUCCGCUAAAAAGGAGCGUAAACAUUCUGCCUGCUUAGGACCCAAUUAUGAAAACAUCAUUGUCCGAUGAUGGCUUUGAUAUUUGAGGUUAUUAAAUUUCACUUUGCACAUUUUACGGGCUACAUUUUUAAUGAUUUCUCAUUCUGCUAACACACAAAUAAUAGUGGGAGAACCUUCUAACGUUUUUUUUUUUAUCAUUAAGAUGACUGUGAUGAAAUGAUCUAUAAUUUCAGAGAUGAUAAAGAAUGUAUGUUUAGCAAGAAUUGUUGGCAAAUCAAUCGGUUGUCUAAUUAGAGUGAACAUUAGGUUGAAUUCUGAUCCCUAAGGCUGCAAUAGUAAGUCAUGAUAUUGCAGAUAUGAAAUAAAAAUGUUAGUGAAAUAAAGCAAAUAUAGAAAUACUGUAUAUAUCGCCACUCAUUUUAGCUCAGGGGUGUCCAAAGUGGGGCCCGCGGCACAUUCUAAAAAAUAUACUUUUAACAAGAAAACAAAAAAUAACAGCAAAAAUUGAACAAUCUGCAGUAAUUUUACAAGAAUAAAGUCAAAAGAGAAAAAAGUUGUAAUUUUACGAGAAUAACAAAUGAGGAAAAAUAAUGGCAUUUUAGUAGCAUGAUUUUCAUUCAAGAAAAAAAUAUAUUAUUUCUUAUAAUGUUAUGAGAACCAAAAUACAGUUGUCAUUUCUGGGAAAAUAGGUUGCGGAAAAACUUCGGUGACGAGAAUGAAGUCAUUUUAUUAUGAAGAAAGUUUAAAUUUAAAAAUAACAAAAAAGACAACAGCAGAAAUUAACUAAAAAGCUGUAAUUUACACUUUUUUUUAUUUUUAAGACAAAUGUUUAUGUAUUCUAAAAAGGAAAAACAAUGUCCCAAAUUUUAAACUCAUAAUAUAAUGUCAUUUCAGUAGUUUGAAUAUUAAAAAAUAUAUAUUUUUAUAUGGAAUAGUUUGAAAAAAAAAUAUGCAUAACAAAAAACAAAACAAAAUAAAGUUGUAAUUUUUGGAAAAUUAGUCAUAAUAUUAUGAAAAUAACAUUUACAAGAAGAAAUAAAAUAAACAACAAAAGAAAUGUAAAAAUCAACAGUAAUUUAACCAGCAUCAGUCAAAAUAUUAAGAGAAAAAAGGUGUAUUCUAAUGAGUCAAAAAAAAUAACAAGAAUAUGAAUUUAAUAGCAUCGAGCUGAAAUAUUCAAGAAAAAAAAACAUUUUAAGUCGUAAUAUGAGACACAAAAUAAAGUUGGAAUUGAAUGAAUUUUUUUUUUUGUAAUUUUCAGCUAAUAAAGUCAAAAUAUUAAGAGAAAAAAUGUCAUAUUCUAACCAGGAAAAAAAAGUCCUGAUUUUAUGGGAAUAAACUCUUAAUAUUUUGAGGAAAAAUAAUGUCAUUUUAGUAGCAUACAGUUGAAAUAUUUUUUUGAAGUUGCAUUAUUAAAAACCAAAAAAAUUAAAGUUGUAAUUUUUUGAAAAUUUGGUUGGGGGAAAAAGGUAUAAUAUUAUGGGAAUAAAGUCAUAAUAUUUAUGAAGAGAACAUUUACAAGAAGAAAGUUACUACAGUAGUUGGAAAAUCAGAAAAAGCAACAGCAGAAAUGGAAAAGUCAGGAGUACUUUUACAAGAAUAAAGUCAAAAUAUUAAGACAAAAAAACGUAUUCUUAUGAGAAAAAAACAAAUGACAAGAAUAAACUCUUAGUAUGAGGAAAAAGAAUGUCAUUUGAAUAGCACAGAGUUGAAAUGUGAUUUUUUUUUUUUUUUUACUUUAGAAGUCAGAAUAUGCGACACAAAGUAAAGUUGUCAUUUUUGGAAAAUUAUGUUGCGGAAAUAGUUAUGUUAUGAGAAUAAAGUCAUAGUAUCAUGAAAAAAGUUGAAAUAGUUGGAAAACUAAAAAAAAAGGCAACAGUGAAUAAUGUGAAAAUAUUAAGAGAAAAAGUUGUAUUCUAACAAGGAAAAAAGUCCCAAUUUUUACAAGAAUAAAGUCAUAAUAUUAUGAGGAAAAAAAUGUCAUUUUAGAGUUUAAAUAUACAAGAAAAAUAUGGUAUUUUCAAAAAGUUGCAUUAUGUAAAAACAAAGUUGUCAUUUUUGGAAAAUUAGGUUGGGGAAAAAUGUAUCAUAUUAUUGGAAUAAAGUCGUGAUAUUCUGAAAAGAAAAUGUACAAGAAGAAAAUUAAAAUAGUAGAAAAAUGUUUAAAAAAAAAAAAAACAGCAGAAGUGGUCCGUAGAACCAGGAUAUAGAGCGGGUGGAGCCACCUGGUGUGGCCCAGCAAAGUGCACUGUGGUCGGACACACUCUUCGAGCAGCCCUGGUGUGCCGCCAUGGUCUCAUGCCGGAAUGCCUGAAGCAAGUGUCUCUUCUUCAGACGUUUGCUCAACAUUACUGAGGAUACAACUACAUCUACUGGUCACGUUUGGUAUUACAACUUGCUGCAUUAGACACCUCUCUAUGAGGAGGGCGCUGCUCGGAAGCACAGGAGACCAGAACGUGACCACAUAUUAGCCCAUCAGGGCAGGGUUCACAGCAUGAAAACAUUUUUACAAGUCGUAAUAUUAUGACAAACAAAAUAAAGUUGUAAUUUUUGGAAAUUUUGAUUGCGGAAAAAGUUAUAAUCUUACAAGAAUAAAUUCAAAAUAUGGGAAUAAAGUCAUAAUAUUUGAAAAGAACAUUUUUAAAGAACAUUUACAAAUUUUAUUUAAGAAGAGCGUGGCAAUAUUUGCAAAAUGAAAGAAAAAGCACCAAGAGUGCAGUUAUUAUUAAUAAUAUACUUUGUCCCCUAUAUGACAAAGUUGAGAUGCACUUUUUUCUUGAACUAUAUACAAGUCAAACUUGUCUAUAGCGGCCACUAGAGGGAGACUACAAAAGUGGCCGCUAUAGACAGGUGGCCUCUAUAGACAGUUUGCCAUCCAGUUUGAAUGUUGACCAGUAGAGGGGAAAAAAAGAAAAAAAUGGGGGGGGGAGGGAAUGAAUGUUGACCAGUAGAGGGCACUGUGGGACUGCGGAUAAAAGUUGUACAGCACUACUAGGCUUGUUAUUAUACACCACCCACAGAACAAAGCUGUGCUAGUAAUGUCUUACGCUUGUUUUUAAUAUUUUACUUUUUAUACGGCAGAGUGUCAUUACAGCUAUAGUUCAUCAGGAAGUGACAGGAAGUGACGGGAAGUGACGGUGGGCGUCCCGAGCAGGAGAGCUAGGCUCAGUGCUAGCUGUGAGUUUGGAGAGAGUUGGGAAGUGUGUUUAUGUUGGCGUGGAUGUAAAGUCCUGCAGUGUUCUCCGCUGUUAAUAAAGCCAUUAAAGUGCAUCGGCGACGUGAGUCUCUCCUUCCCCACAACAAGCGGCAUUACAGUAUUGACCAGUGCACACCAGGGAAUAAACGGUGUCAUUUCUUACAGGCAUUGGCUGGACAGCUAUGUAGUGGGGCUUGUUUAACCUUUGCCUUGUGGGCAAGCAGGAAGGAGAGACGAUGCUGAGAUAUGUGUGUGUGUGUUCUGAGCUGCUUCAAUAAAUAAAAUUGGCAGAAGCAACAGGAGAAGUUUCCUUCUUUGCUGGAGUCAGGUCGCCCUUACGACGGUUCUGAAUAACACUGACAAGUUAAGCGAACGGCAAAGAAGACUGCUUUUUUUGUGUCGAAUACAGAAGAUGAGGACUUUGAUGGAUUUGUGGAUGAGGAUUGAUGAAAAAUAACGUGAGUACAUUCUAAAAUACUUCAAUUAAAUACAACCGAACUCAGUUUUGCUCCCGCUGCUUUUUAAAAACAUAUGCUAGCAUGGUUUUAGCGUGCAGGCAGUAUUGUAUUGUAUUGUAGCGUCGCUGGGAGCACGUCCUGUUCCCAGCCUAAUUUGCGGUAAUGUUUUGUUGCAAAUGCUCUUAAAGUUACAUGUUUGACCAGGAAAUAGCAAGCUCAAAAGAAGACGGCUUUUUUAUGUGGAACAACUGACAGUUUGUGUGGAUCUUGUGAAUGAUUGUGACUGAGCUAGGACUCAGUAAUUAAAGUCUACACACGACGGCUUCAUUGAUUGAAAAAUGAAACUUUUUCAUGCAUGAAGCUUCUACUUGAGUCGGUAAUUUGGCCGCUAUAUGCGGUCAGAUAUUGACCAUGGGAGACAAAAUGGGUGGCUGCUGGACACGUUAGACAGGUGACUGCUAUACACAGGGUCUAUAACAUGUAAAUUUGCUACAGGGGAUUUUUCAGUGGCCGCUAUAGGCAGGUGGCCGUUCUAUAAAGGUGGCCGCUAAAACAGGUUUGACUGUACAUAUAUAACUUCUUCGCAUAUUUCACUAUGUGGCCCUCUCUGGAAAAACCUUGGGACACCUUUGCUUGGGGGCCCAAACUCGUGGCCCGUGGGCCAUUUGCGGCCAGACAAGUCACAUUUUGAGGCCCGCGACUUGUCUUUAAAGAUUAUUGUAAUACGGCCUGCGACAAGCCAAUGUUACUCGUAGGAUGCACACAUUAGCCUACACUGAACUAAGAGUGAGUGAGUCACUUAAAAAAUGUGGUAAAAAAAAUUCCACCCAUUUUCUAUACCGCUCGUCUUCAUUACGGUCACGGGUAAGCGGGAGCCUAUCCCAGCUGAAUGCAGCAAAAUAUAAACUGUGAAAUUAUUUAUUUAUUUGAUUCACCCCAUUACUUCCUGUAUCAAGAUAUUGUUGUUAUUGUGAGCCAUGUAUCGCGUGUCGUAUCGUGAGGUACCCCAAGAUUCCCAGCCCUGCUCCCAAUACUUGAUGCGGCCCAGCCUCACUCAGACUCUACCUCCAGCGGCCCCCAGGUAAAUUGUGUUUGACCCCGGCUUUAGAUGAAACCCAGGUUGCAGGUUUCUCUGUGGUCCACAAGGUGGCAGAGUUUCUCCAAUGUCUUCUUUCCAUGUGUGAACUUGAUUCAUUGAAAACACUCAUUUAGAAUUAAAUCAGGUGGUGUUGAUGUUCACCUGGAAGCCAGACUUUUAUUGUUCACUGUUCCAAGUUGACGUUUCAAAAAUAAAAUUGUGCGUUGCUGAAAAACUGUACAAACAGCGACUCUCAAUUUGGGAAACCAGUCAGCAGUGGUGAUAAACAGCUGGAAGGAAAACUGCAUGUUAGCAAAUGGAAUAAAAGCGUCUCAUUUUCUAUGCAGAGCGUGAACAUCAACAACGGCUCCCUUUUUGAACGUGACAGAAACUAAAGCGUUGUCUCUCCAAACAGGUUUUGAGAGGUCAGCUGAGGUGGCGCGUCGUCUUAUUGCACAAAAAGUUGAAUGUUCUCAGCGUGUGCGUUAUUCUUAAAAGACAGGUUCUUGUCUCCCUGUUGAAAUAUUUACCAUUUGAAUAUGAAACCCACAGCUAAAACGUCAGCAUGAGAUUUGUGGAGGGAGCUUUGGCGCCCUCUGCUGUCGCCAAAGAGAACCACCAUUCAGAACUGAUAAGCUUGCCAAAAGCGUUAAAAUUAUUUAAGUUUGAAAUGUUAAAAAAAAAAAUAAACUGACAAACUAAAUGUCCUCAGCAGUCUUGUACGUGGCGUCAGCCGCCAGGGAGGAUGGCGUUCCCUGCCCCGAGUGUCUCCUGCCGGCUAAUUCGGGAGCAGAGCUGCUCUCCAACACGCUGAAGUCGUUGUUCUCGCUCAGGUCUCCGCCAGUGAAGUUGACGUCUAGAGAGUUGCUCAGCUCCCUGGUGACGAAGCUCAGCUCAUCCUGGUCAGCGGCUCCGUUCACGUGAAGGGCCAACAUGGUACCGCCCGACACCGGUGACCAGGGGUCAGCAUCCUCGGGGGAGGACAUCUUCACGAACCCGUUUGGCGGCUGGAUCAGAUCGGUGGCGUCAUCGCUGAUGUGUUCCUCAUCGCUGACCUUAACGAUGCUCUCGUUGCAGGACGACAGCGAGCUGCUGUCCUCCUCCUCCUCGCUUCCCAUGUCCUGUCUGUGCUCGUCUUCAUGGCGUUCCUCCUUCGCCGGGUCGUCUGAUCUUACUCUGUCACAAGCAGAAACCACCUCCGCUCGUUCCUCCUCUGAGUCCGUAGGAGCUGAACUCGCGCUGUCCACAUCCUCAGAAGACUGCUGCUCCAUUUGUCCCCCGCUGGCUGCAGGCUCCGCCUCUAAGAGGACGCCAUCCUCUGCAGGCGAGUGCACUUCCACGGGAGCCUCCAUCGGACCGCUCGUCAGCGGCGUGCCUUCAGUCGUGCGGAUGUCCUGGCUGUCCCCAAGGUAGAAGGUAGCAUCUGUUGGCCCGCCGUCUUCAUCAUCAUCAUCCACGGCGCCAUCUAGGACAUCGUUGGGAAGGAGCACCUUCUUACACUUCCUGUUGGUCGCAUCACGGGGCUCCAAUAUGUCGGCCAGAGGGUCGAGCCUGGGAGAAGAGAAGAACUCCAGGCCUG